AUGGAAAUGGAAGAUCACCAUCACCACCACCACCAUCAGCAUCAGCAUCAACAUCAACACCACUUUGGCGUGAACGAUCUCAGGCAAGUCGUGAAUGGGCCGAGGCUCCCCCACAGCAGCUUCCCCUCCAUGCCGCCACACCCAACGGUGGAGCUUUUCCCCGGCCACCGGAAUCUCACACCCUUGCCCGGUUCCCAACAGCAGCAACAACACUACGAGGUUAUGAUGUUCGGUCGUGACAUAAUGCCACCUGGCCUUCACGACUUCGCUUCCACGCCCCAUGAUUCUGCUGCUGCAGCACCCACCAUCACUGUACCCACUCCACCUACCUUUGAUGCCGAGGGUGCAGGUUGCAUCGGUGGAGACCCUUCCACUGGAAGAUGGCCCAGACAAGAGACCCUCAGUCUCCUUGAGAUCAGAUCUCGCUUGGACUCUAAAUUCAAAGAGGCUAAUCACAAAGGACCCUUAUGGGAUGAAGUCUCUAGGUACAAUAUCCACUAUAUUUAA